CAAACGGAAUGUGUUCAUUUCAUAUGGAGCUAUAAGUGCUCGUUUUUACUUUAUGUUCAUAGUAAGCAGUGUAAAUACAGUCUAUAAUGCCUGAAGUUUCUACAGUAGACGGAAAUGCUUCAUUUAGGUGAACUUUGCUACUAGUUUCUGCACGAAGACAAGAACAAUAACAAGCUACCCACGUUUAUGCAUUUUAUUACUUUUACAUGGACUUUUAUAUAAUACACGGGUGUUUUUUCCACAGUGAAGGACCCGCUUUUGCUUCAGCGACUUUGCAUUUUAAUCGUUAAUUGCUACUUUUUAAUAAUAAGGACAGUCGAAAGGAUGGUAAGAGUUGGUUUGGGACUGAGAAAUACUGCUAUACGCCAGUUUUUCCAUGAUUCCCGUUUAUUGCACUGAAGAUGGGCACCAGAGAGCCGAGGUGGUCGAGCCCAGGCGGCUAGUCCGGCUUUCCGAGCAGGAAGAAUGCAUCUCUCGCCAGUCGGCACGAGUAGACGUUGCUUUCUCGCCUCCUUGGCCCUUUGUGCUCUCGUGCUGUUACUGAUCCCCACGCUCCAAACACAACCGAGGCAAGGCAAGCUGCCCCAACCUCUGCCUCGAGGAAGAUCCUCCAGCUGCGAGGGUGCUAAUAAUGCCAUAGGUCUGAGUGUCACUGGGCUGCCCACUGUAGAUGCCAAAUUCCAGGGGGUGCAAGGAGACGCACAUUUCAGCGUAUCCGGCUCACGGUCCAGAGAAGCUCUGGAGCUAAAAGACAUUUUUAUUGCUGUCAAAACCACCAGGAAGUAUCACAAGUCCCGGCUGCAGCUGCUUUUCCAGACCUGGGUGUCGAAAGCCAAAGAACAGACAUUCAUCUUUACCGAUGGCGAAGAUAAGGAACUGAGGCAAAAAGCAGGUGGCAACGUCAUCAACACCAACUGCUCAGCUGCGCACACACGUCAGGCCUUGUGCUGCAAGAUGUCUGUGGAAUAUGACAAAUUCAUUGAAUCACAGAAGAAAUGGUUCUGUCACGUGGACGAUGAUAAUUACGUCAUCCUUCCGAGUCUGCAGCGGCUGCUCUCAUCCUAUUCCCACACGCAGGACGUGUACCUGGGACGGCCCAGUCUGGAUCACCCAAUAGAGGCUGCGGAGAGGGUCAAGAGCGAUGGAUCGACAUCUGUGAAGUUUUGGUUUGCCACUGGAGGCGCUGGGUUUUGCAUCAGUCGAGGGCUGGCGCUCAAGAUGAGCCCAUGGGCAAGUCUGGGUAAUUUUAUCACCACCGCAGAGAAGAUCCGUCUCCCGGAUGACUGCACGAUUGGUUACAUCAUCGAGGCACUACUGGAGGUUUCGCUGACACACACCCACCUCUUCCACUCACACCUGGAAAACCUGCAGAGAAUGCCAGCUGACGAUAUCCUAAACCAGGUUACCCUCAGCUAUGGUGGUUUUGAGAACAGGAGGAAUGUGGUCCCCAUUGCUGGAAUGUUUUCAUUGGCUGAAGACCCUUCACGGUUUAAGACUGUUCACUGCUUACUUUAUCCCGAGACUGACUGGUGUCCUCGCAACAUUCAUCACUGAUUUCUGGAGAUUCUUCUGGAGACUGAACAGGCUGCCCUCCUCCCAUAUAAACCUAGUGAGCUGCCUUGCUGCCUAAGUAGAGAGGAUCCUAGUAAGUCAGGUUAUCGAACGCACUACUUAGACAGUGAUUCCAUCAGCUUUCGCUUACUAAGCUAACACAGUUAGCCUCAUGUCAACUAACUUCUCCCUUUGUGUCCCGAAAACGGCUAAAUUUGCUCACAAGCCUACUUUUUUUGUGAGAAAAGUGUGCCGCACUGAAUUCUGGGAUUGCCUUCAUUGCUAAGGCAGCAUCAGAUGCUUCCUCAUUAUUUAAUCAAAACACCAUUCAGAUUUAAGGUGCCUCAGUAGGCAGCAUUUUAAGGCAUCCAAGAAUUCGAACAGCCUACUUCUCGAGAGAGCGCAUAGGGUGAUGUAAAAUGCUGCCUAUGUAGAGAGCUCACUAGGUUUUGGACUCUUAUCCCAGUGGGCACUGCUGUCCAGUAGUGGUACUGUGGUCAGCCGGCUGUCUGAGAUGGCAAUUUAAACCAACUCGGAACUGCCGUGGUACACUGUUGUACGUUGAUUUAUUUCGUCAUCCCAAAGUCUGUUGUUAUGGUUAUAAGAUCUAGUGAGAAGUUGUGGACGUCCAGCUCGAGACUUUAAAUUUAGGAGCUUAGACGUUCUUUGGCUUGUUAUGCCACAACGUCAGGUAGCUUGCAUAGAAAAAUGCUUAUGACCUUGAUCCCUGAACUCCAAGCAACUGUUAAAAGUUCAAUUGUGGGUUCGAAACUCGGAGUUGCCACCAGUCGGCUGGGCGCCUUCUAGCGAGCAUAAUCGGCAGUGUCCGCAGCAGACACGUUUCUGCUAGGGCGGGAUGACCGGACUGUGUGUGUGGUCUUCAAGCACUGUGAAGGGACCCUGAUUAGUGGGUGGAGGGGAAAACCGGUGGACGUUUGUCCCAGUGAAGACGCACUACAUCAGUUCAGUUCUUGUAGAAGCCUGGAUUUCAAGAGUAACCAAGUAGCCCUGUUAUUUUAUCGUGAUUUGAAUGCGUAAAUUAAGGCACGGCUGGUACAUUUUAAGUCGAAGUGUGGAUUAAUCUGCCGUGGAUAGGUGACAAAAAAUUAAACCAAAGCAAAUUAUACAGAAUUCUAUAAAACUCUAACGCAGUAAAAUUUAAAAAGGCACUAGUAUCUUCCAAAGACGUUUUUUUUUUUUUACAAAUAGUUCUGCGUAUUUAUGCACAAACAUGGCUUUACUGCAGGUCAGUGGCUAAUGUAAGCAUGCCAAAUGAAGCUAAGGCUUUGCUUUCCUAUAGUGAGUGAGACAAAUUCCGUUACUGUUUAAGCUGUAUUAUUCCACAUUAUGGUGCUGACAAGUAUUGUUGCUGAUUUUUUUUGUUAUUUGAAUAAACCCUUUUGCUAAAA